AUGAAUUAAAGAGAAGAAAAGUUCGGCAAAGGAUCGAAGAAGGUAAGAGAGAAUCCAUUUUUCUCAUCUUUCAUUACAAUUUUUGGAUUAGCAAAAAUUCAAGAGCUUAUGCGAUUGCAAAAUCAGGGCCUUUGAUUUGAUUUCUUCCCAAACAAACCCGUCAGUUUCGGGAAGAAUUAGUGGGAAUUUUGAUGGAAAAUUCCAAUAGGGUUGAAGCAGAACGCUUGCUUGGAAUCGCUGAAAAACUCUUGCACAAUCGUGAUUUCACCGGCUCUAAAGAUUUCGCCAUCUUAGCUCAAGAAACUGAGCCACUUUUGGAUGGCUCCGAUCAGAUCUUAGCUGUCGCCGAUGUGUUAUUGGCAUCGGAGAAGCAAAUCAACAAUCACAAUGAUUGGUAUUCGAUUCUUCAAAUUGAACGGCGAUCCGAUGAUUCAGAUCUCAUCAAGAAGCAGUAUCGGAAACUUGCGUUACUUCUACAUCCCGAUAAAAACAAAUUUCCUUUUGCUGAUCAAGCUUUCAAGUUGGUUGCGGAUUCGUGGGCUGUAUUGUCCGACAACACGAAAAAAUCGCUUUACGAUAACGAGCUUAACCUUUAUGCUAAGAUCGAUUUGUCUCAUCAGGACAAAUUGCCAGUGCGCCGGAGCCAACGAUCUGGUGGGAAGAAACAGCAAGAGUUUGAGAGUAACGACAGCGCCAACGCCGAUGACGAUCAAUCUCCGAAUCAGCGGCUGAAAUUAUUGAGUUUCUGGACAGCUUGUCCUUACUGUUACGUGUUAUUUGAGUAUCCUAGGGUUUAUGAGGGUUGCUGUUUGCGAUGUCAGAAUUGCAAGAGGGCAUUUCAGGCGGUGUUGCUUCCGUCGCUUCCGCCGCUCGUUCAGGGCCAAGAAGCCUAUUAUUGCUGCUGGGGUUUUUUUCCGAUGGGAUUUGCAGCUCAACAUAACGAGAAAAGUGGGAAGGGCAGCGAAACAGCCCCACCAACGACGUCGUUCCCCAAUUGGAUGCCCCCAAUAUUUUCUAACAAGCCUCAAGAAACUAGUAGAAAUGGAGAAACGGCAGCGCCGGUGGCGGCGGAGCCGACUCGGACUGGUAGAGAGGGAGUGGUGGUGGAUGCUCCUCCCAUUGUUAGGGCUCCGAUAGUGCGUGGCACUGGCACAGGUAAGAAGAGGGGCAGGCCACGGAAGAAUCCGAUUGCAGCCUAAGCUAUUGUAAAAUUUUUCAAGAAUAACGAUAAUAUUUAUGGAGCCAAUUGGAAAUGUCUGAUUCUCUCGUUGCUGUAGUCUUUAUAUUUAGCGGUUAUGUCCAGGCGAGUUAGACCAAGGAAGGCUAAGCUGGGGAAAUUUGAGGUAACUUUUUGGUGCAAAUGUUGGGCCUUCUGUUAUAUAUAUAUUUUUUCAUGUUGAUUUUAGGCUUCAGAUGUAGAAACUAGAUGGGUAGUUCCUCAUUUUCUUCUGCAUGUUGAUAUGUAAGAUGUAACUUUAUUCAAACCACCAAUGAUAAUUUGGAGUUCUCUAUCCAAUUCCAUCUGAGGCUGCACUGCCACUCACCUCCUGCAGGUUCAAGUGAUAGUUUGUGUGCUUAUUCUACAAUACACCAAGGGCAUGUCUGGAAUGAUUUUGUGAGUUAAACAAACGCGGGUAUAAUUUUUUAAAACUAUUUGGAAAACUAAUCCAAAUAAAGUUUAAAAGUAUUAUGAAUCGGAGCUGUCCGUUUCACCUUUAAUGGUAACGUAAGUUGCUAGUUUGCUUUGAUACUGAUUUACGCUUAACUAAAUAAUGUAGUCGCCAGUUGCUAGUUGGGACAACUGUUGAAGUGGUUGUGCUAGAUGGUUCUGUGUACACACAACAAAUUUUAAGUUCUCUUCCUUUCCCUUGCUAUUCUCUGUAGCAACAACCUAAAGAUAUAAAUCUUGUUCGAGAGUUGGGCCAUACUUCCCAUUGCCA